AUGGACUAUGAAUAGAAUAAUUAUUAGGCAUUUGAAAUUGAGAUUGUAGAUACUGAGCAAGAAAGAAUUGAGAAUGCUAGACUAAGUUUUAUCAGAAAGGUAAAAUAUUGGGAAUAAUGAGGUGUUUUUGAUAAUUUUACUUCAAAUAGGAUUUACUUUUAUGACAACAAUAGCAGCUUAUUCUCAAAAUACAAUAAUAGAAUACUUAAGCUAUCGACCAUUCUUAUUUUGGAUAUUUAUAGUUAUAUUGAUCUUAGUAAUAUUUUUGCUAAUGAGUUUUUAAAAGUAAAUUAAGAUAUAAAUAAAGAUUAGCUAAACAAUAUCCAUAUAAUUAUAUUUGUUAUAGUUGCUUUACACUCUCGAUCUCAUACAUAUUCAUUUAUAGUACAUAUCAUUACCCUAAAUAUUCAAAUCAUUUAAUAGCAUUAAUAACCCUUUAAAUUGGCGUUAUAAUUUCACUUCUCAGUUACUCUUAUUUUGCAACAGAAGAAAUCAAUCAAAAUAAAGGAUUAAUCUAUAUCGUAAUCACAAUUACUUCACUCUUUAUUUUGUUAUUCCUAUACUUGAGAUUAUCCUUGAUAUUUUUAUUUAUUUUGUCAUUCCUCAUUAUUUUGUAUGGUUUGCAUAUUCUAAUCGAUACAUUACUUAUUGUAAAUGGAGAAGUAAGAAUAAGAUAAUAAUAAUAUUAGAAACAUGAAUUAGAUAUUGAUGACUACAUUAUUGCAGCCUUGAUGACAUAAGUCGACAUUAUUGGAUUAAUUUCAAUACUUUAUCAAAAGAUCCUUUCUUAAAUAACAAAGAUUUAAAUCAACAGUAACUGA